GUAGCGGACUGGGUGUAGUCUGGGGGUCUGGUCUCGGAUCUGGACUCGACUCUCUUCCUGCAGGAGUUUGUUUCAUGGCGGCGGAUCCUCCGAACUGAGCCAGAACCUCUCACCGACCCACAGCACCGGAACAGCCGGGAGAAAAGCCGCGGGACCCGGUCCGGAUCCAGCACCAACCCCGGUCCGCCACUGGACUCGCGUUUCUGCGGACGAACUUUGGACCUGUUCUGCCAGAGUCGGUUCUGAACUUUUCCUGAGCCAGCAGGAGGACGGAGCGGCCCGAAACAUGCCGAGUUUGAUCCGAAGUUCGGUCCGGGUCCUGGCGGUCCUGGCAGCGGCUCUGACGUGCGUCCGCGGCGCCAUAGACGAGUGCGUGGACGAGACGCAGGGGCGCGCGCAGCGCUGCAUGCCCGAGUUCGUGAACGCGGCCUUCAACACCUCGGUGGAGUCCACGAACACCUGCGGAACCCCACCUGAGGAGUACUGUGUCCAGACCGGGGCCACCGGGGUCACCAAGUCCUGCCACAUCUGCGACGCGAACGACCCCCGGAACCACCACAACGCCGUGUACCUGACGGACUACAACACCCAGCAGGACACCACCUGGUGGCAGAGCCAGACCAUGCUGGCCGGGGUCCAGUACCCGAACUCCAUCAACCUGACCCUGCACCUCGGUAAGGCCUUUGACAUCACCUACGUCAGGCUGAAGUUCCACACCAGCAGACCGGAGAGCUUUGCCAUCUACAAGCGCACCAGCGAGUCCGGGCCCUGGGUGCCGUACCAGUACUACAGCGGGUCCUGUGAGAAGACCUACCAGAAACCGAACCGCGGGUUCAUCCGGACCGGAGAGAAUGAGCAGCAGGUGCUCUGCACCGACGACUUCAGCGACAUCUCGCCGCUCACUGGAGGAAACGUAGCCUUCUCCACACUGGAGGGCCGACCCAGUGCCUACAACUUUGACAACAGCCCCUCCCUCCAGGACUGGGUGACGGCCACAGACAUCAGGGUGACCCUGAACCGGCUCAAUACCUUCGGAGACGAGGUCUUCAACGACCCGAAGGUCCUGAAGUCCUACUACUACGCCAUCUCAGACUUCGCUGUGGGAGGAAGGUGUAAGUGUAACGGCCAUGCCAGUGAGUGUGUGAGGAGCAGCGGCGGGCGGUUGGUGUGUAACUGUAAACACAACACGGAGGGCGUCGACUGUAACGUCUGCAAACCGUUCUACAACGACCGGCCCUGGAGGAGAGCCACGGCUGAUAACGCCAACGAGUGUCUGCCCUGCAGCUGUAACGGGAAGAGUUCUGAGUGUUACUUUGAUGCUGAGCUGUACCGGGCCACGGGUCAUGGAGGUCACUGCAGGAACUGUGCCGACAACACAGACGGAGCUAACUGUGAGCGCUGCCUGGACUACUACUACAGAGAGCAGAGCGGCAGCCGCUGCCUGCCCUGUGGCUGCAGCUCCGUAGGCCGUGCUCCUGCUCUCCUUCAGGCAGCACUCAGGAGUGUGACGUCAACACGGGGCAGUGUCGCUGCAAAGAGAACGUGGAGGGCUUCAGCUGUGACAGGUGCAAACUUGGCUUCUUUAACCUGGAUCCAAACAACCCUCAGGGCUGCCUGCCCUGCUUCUGCUUCCAGCACUCGUCUGUGUGCGACAGCAUCGAGGGCUACAGCGUGCACACCAUCAGCUCCUCCUUCCACAGAGGUGACGAGCACUGGAGCGGUCAGAGGAGAGACGGCUCCAGCGUCUCCGUCCAGUGGUCCCCCAGUGGACAGGAAGUGUCCCUCCUUUCUGAUGACUACUUCCCCAUUUACUUCAUCGCUCCAGGGAAGUUCCUGGGGAACCAGAUGUUGAGUUACGGACAGAACCUGAGUUUAAACUUCCGGGUGGAGAGGCGGGACAUCCGGCUGUCGGCCGAGGACCUGAUCCUGGAGGGGGCGGAGCUACGGACAUCCGUCCCCCUCAUCGCUCAGGGCAACGGCUAUCCCAACGACAACAUGCAGACCUACGUGUUCAGGCUCCAUGACACUCAGGACAACAGCUGGAAGCCUCGGCUCGGCCACUUAGACUUCCAGAAACUUCUCCAUAAUCUGACCGCCAUCAAGAUCCGUGGUACCUACAGCGAGAGAAGUGCUGGUUACCUGGACGACGUCUCCUUGGUGACGGCGAGGCGGGGCCCAGGUGUUCCGGCCCGUUGGGUGGAGCAGUGCACCUGUCCUCAGGGUUACCUGGGUCAGCACUGUGAGCAGUGCACUCCAGGAUACCGCCGCGCCCAACCUCAGCUCGGAGCCUUCAGCUCCUGUGAGCCGUGCAACUGCCACGGUCACAGCGACACCUGCCACCCCGACACCGGAGCGUGUGACUGUCAGGACAACACGGCUGGUUUGAGCUGUGAGCGCUGUAAGGAUGGUUUUUAUGGCGACGCCACUCAGGGGACACCUAACGACUGUCAGGCGUGUCCCUGCCCCACGGGGGCCACGUGUGCGGUGGUCCCCAGAACCAGAGAGGUGGUCUGCACCAACUGUCCUGCCGGGACCACAGGUAAGCGUUGUGAGCUCUGCGACGACGGGUAUUUCGGGGACCCUCUGGGUCAGAACGGGCCGGUCCGAGCCUGCCGGGCCUGCCAGUGCAGCAACAACAUCGACACCAACGCCGUGGGGAACUGCAACCGCGAGACCGGAGAGUGCCUGAAGUGCAUCUACAACACCGACGGCUUCUUCUGUGACCACUGCAAGGACGGUUUCUACGGCAACGCCCUGGCCUCCGACCCCGCAGACAAGUGCAGAGCCUGCUCCUGCUCCCCCCUGGGCACUGUGAACCAGCAGACCAGCUGCUCUCAGGUCACAGGUCAGUGUUCGUGUCUGCCCAACGUGAUCGAGCGUGACUGCAGCGCCUGCCAGGCCGGCUUCUUCGACCUGCGGAGCGGCGACGGCUGCAAACGGUGUGACUGUAACGCCAUCGGCUCCACCAGCGGGCUGUGUGACAUCAUCUCUGGACAGUGCGAGUGUCAGCCAGGCGUCACGGGUCAGCACUGCGAGCGCUGCGAGGUCAACUUCUUCGGCUUCAGCCCGUCGGGAUGCAAACCCUGUGACUGUGACCCUGAAGGCUCUCGCUCAGGUCAGUGUCAGGAGGACGGGCGCUGUGAGUGCCGGCCCGGCUUCGUGGGCGCUCGCUGCGACAUGUGUGAGGAGAACUACUUCUACAACCGCUCGGUGCCCGGCUGCCAGCAGUGCCCCUCCUGCUACAGCCUGGUCCGGGACAAGGUGAACCAGCAGAGGCAGAAGCUCCAGGAACUCCAGAGUCUGAUCGACAACCUGGGCUCGGGUCAGGACCUGGUCAGCGAUCAGGCCUUCGAGGACCGGCUGAAGGAGGCGGAGAGGGCCAUCAUGGAGCUGCUGGAGGAGGCUCAGACCAGCAAAGACCUGGACCGAGGCCUCCUGAUCCGCCUGAGCUCCAUCAACAACACGCUGACCACGCAGUGGAACCGCCUGCAGAACAUCCGCAACACGGUGGAGGACACGGGCGCCCAGGCCGACCGCGCCCGGGACCGGGUCCGCGACGCCGAGAGCCUGAUGGACCGCGCCCGGCAGGAGCUGGACAAGGCCAAGGAGGCCGUGGGCAAAGUGGACAUCAAACCGCCCACCGGCACCGGAGAGCCAAACAACAUGACGCUGCUCGCCCAGGAGGCCCGCCGGCUCGCCGACAAACACAAGAUGGACGCCGACCAGAUCGAGAAGAUCGCCAAAGACGCCAACGACACGUCGACCCGAGCGUACAACCUGCUGCUGAAGACCCUGGAGGGAGAGGGCAGGACGAGCGGCGAGAUCGACCUGCUCAACAGGAAGUACGACGAGGCCAAGAAGCUCGCCAAGGAUUUGGAGAAACAGGCGAACCAGGUCCAGGCCGAGGCCGAGGAGGCUGGAAACCAGGCUCUGAAGAUCUACGCUAACCUGACCAGCCUCCCGCCGGUCGACACAACGCCCCUGGAGGAGGAGGCCAACAAGAUCAAGAAGGAGGCGUCGGACCUGGACCAGCUGAUCGACAAGAUGGAGAAGGAGUACAACGAGCUGCGGGACGACCUGAGGCCCAAAGAGCUGGAGGUCCGCAAGCUGCUGGAGAAGGGCAAGAGCGAGCAGCAGACCGCCGACCAGCUGCUGGCCCGAGCCGACGCCGCCAAGGCCCUGGCUGAGGAGGCCGCCAAGAAGGGCCAGUCCACGUUCAGAGAGGCCGAGACCAUCCUGGACGACCUGCGAGACUUCGACCGGCGGGUCAACGACAACAAGACGGCUGCAGAGGACGCCAUGAAGAAGAUCCCCUCCAUCAACGCCACCAUCAUGGCCGCCAACGAGAAGACGCGGCAGGCCGAGGCCUCGCUCGGGAACGCCGCCGCCGACGCUCGAGAUGCUAAAGACAAAGCAGAGGAGGCGGAGAGGAUCGCCAGCAACGUGCAGAAGGGCUCCGCCAAGACCAAAGAGGAGGCGGAGCAGGCGCUGCAGGACACCAACAAGCUGGACGGAGACGUGGACGACAUGAUGGAGCAGCUGAGCGCCGCUGAGCAGGAGCUGAGGAGGAAGAAGGAGGAAGCUGACAGUGACAUGAUGAUGGCGGCGAUGGCGUCCGACAGCGCCAAGGAGGCGGAGGACAACGCCCGCAAGGCUAAGAGCACGGUGAAGACGGUCCUGAAGCUCAUCUCCACCCUGAUGGAGCAGCUGGGAAACAUCGACAAGGUGGACCUGAGCAAGCUGAACCAGAUCGACGAGUCCCUGAAGCGGGCCAAGGACAAGAUGAAGGACAGCGAGCUGGACAGGAAGUUGGCGGAGCUGAACGACGUGGCGCGCACGCAGGAGGACAUGAUCAACGACUACGACCGGCAGAUCCGCGACAUCCGCGCCGACAUCGCCAACCUCAACGACAUCAAGAACACGUUACCCGAGGGCUGCUUCAACACGCCGUCGCUGGAGCAGCCUUAGCCCCGCCCACCUCCUCCGUCUGCCCCGCCCACUCAGUCACUCCCCUCUAACACGCCCACUCUGUACCAAACGGUUUUUAUUUGUUCUCAGAUUCUUUGUUGGAGAGCAGCUUGUUUUUUGUGACUCAGCGGCGUGACGGCGCCGGGCGGAGGUGUUGGAACCUCGGACAGAACCAGAACCAGAACCACAAACCCGACGUGACUGCAGCCACACAGGAAGUCCUCCUCAGCAUGAUGUCAGAACUCAUGAAGGAAGCCUCUGAUCCUCCUCCCAAAGCUACGCUCCCACACCAGCAGCAGGGACACGGUCUCACUCCUCCUCCUCGCAGAAACCAGACCGUCUUCAUCCCGUGACCUCCAUCACACUCCUCCUCAGAACCUCAGCAGCUCAGGACCGGCUCUACGUCCAGGUUUUCCCUCUUUGCUGCAGCUCAAACGUCUGAGAAGCAGAGAAGAAGAAAAACCUGCAGAGACGGUUUCAGUCUGCAGACCUGGACCUGGGUUUGUGUUCGUACAAGCUGUGGAUCCUGUGGGGACAGGAAGUGACAGGAAGUGACAGGGUUCCACCACAGUUCUCAUGUCUGAGCCUGAUCUGCAGAACCGGAACAGAUCAGCUGAUCCCACUGCAGUUUAUAAAGUUUAAUCCAGUCCCAGAACUCCUGAUCCAGUUCCUGAGGUCUUCAGGGUCUUCAGGGAUCCAGACUUACCUUUAAAGUGGCUCUGAUCCACAGUUCCUCUUUCUGAGGUUUUCUGUGGACUUCAGACCUCUUUAAAAGAUUACAGGAAAGUCUGGGAGGAAAGCCUCAAGGAACUGGCAGAUCUGGACCGGCAGAUCUGGAGCAGCAGAUCUGGACCGGCAGAUCUGACCAGCAGAUCUGGACCAGCACUGUGGAUCAUUAGACUCAGAGAUGAUGACGUUCAGCUUCAGUCUGGUGAGAACCAUCACCUCCUGACUGAUAAAAACCAGAUGUUUGAGUUUUUGGGUCCUGGUCCACAAGAAGAUCCAGGACCUGGUCUCCUCGUGUUCCCACAGGUCUGAAGCCGUCUGAGGUUUAGACCCGGUUCCGUUGUCUCCGGAUCACAUGUACACUAUGCAACUUUGUACAUUUAGCGUAGCGAGAGUUUUCUCUGAUACACUGGUGCUAAAGAUGACGACAAGUGUUUGAUUUUGUGUGAAUGUUUUUUAUUCUUCUGACGUCGACGUCGACUGUAAAUAAAUGAUUCAGGAUUGGCUGGUUUGACCCCGAGCAGCUGCGUUGAUCCAACCAAUCAGCUGAGAGCUGCAGGUGAAAUAUUAUCCUCCAUGAUAACGUCUGUGGUAUCUUAUUGUUAUUAUAAUUAUUA